UCAGCCGCUUCAGCCGCGCCUCUCGCCUGCUCGCUGCUGAGAAGGUCGACGCUGGACGAUCGGAAGAUGACACAUGGACGCGAGGAGCGAGCGGAGCGGCACACGGGGAUGGAAUAAAGUCCUCCCGGGUAACCCAGCCCGGCUGCCUGGGCGGCGAAGCUUUUACGUAACGGAGCUUUGUGGAGGGAUUGCAAGGAAGCUUCUGGUUUAAUCACAGCCUGGAAACGCAGGUGACAUUAGCCAAGAUUUGGUUUGUCCACCAUUCAGCAUGAUCAGUUGCGGGACUCUCCUCCAUCUUAAGUGACUGCAUCAGGAUGAACGAGGGCUACAAGCCAGGUGGAGGAGUCACAACAGUCAAGGCCGAUGUUGUCCUCCACCCUGUCAACUUUGACAAGGACAGGGAUUUACGUCCAGGUUACGUGCAAGGGUUCCUGGGGGACGACCCAAACUUCAACCCCCCUACAUCAUUUGAGAAGGAAUACCUGCUGGAUGGAAGGCUAAUGGACAAUAACCAUACAGUGGGUCAGAAAGGUAACGGUUCAUACAUGGCUAGUGCUAAUCAGCUUAAUCUCUCCAAUGACAAUAAGAAUGCGGCGGACUUUCCUGCUUGUGUUGACUCGUGCACGCCAACAAACUGUGCAGGUAGUCAAACAAGUAAUGGUGCAAGAUCAAAAAUGUCUUGUCUAGAUCUGAAACAAGAAACAGAUCAAUCUCACUUGCAAUCCAACCCUAAAGACAGCCAGGAUGUGGUCAAUUUAUUGCCUGCUAAAACAGAGCCGGAUUUAGUCAUCGAAGUUGGCGGGCAGACAAUUAAUGCUCACAAGUCGGUCCUGGCAGAGAAAAGCGACUACUUUAAGGCUCGGCUGUCACGAAGCGUCCUCAAAGUGAAGGGUAUGAGCUACAAGACAUUAUCGACGCUAAUAGACUAUGUUUACACUUCCCGCAUGAAAGUUUCAAAGGACAACGUUGUUGAUAUCAUCACAGGGGCCAAAAUCCUCCAAAUCCCCUGCGCCGUCCAGGCGGCCAUGGACAGAGUGACAGAACAAAUCACUGCAGAGAACUGCUACGAGAUUCUAAACAUUGGAAAAAAACAGCGGCUCAGUGAGCUAAAAGAGACCGCUUACGGCUUCAUUAGCGACAACUUCCUACAGAUCCUCAAGGACCCCUGUGUGUACGGGCGUCUGACCGGGUCUGAGCGGGAUCUGGUCCUGAAGAAAAGAAUGGACGGGAGGAAGACUCUUAUGGUUGCCGAGGUAAACGAGGUGUUCGAUCGCGUUGGGAGCCGACCGCCGAGCCGCUGUGGUAGCCGUCCUCAGAGCCCCCUGUCAGUGGGGUCUUUGGAGGAGAGCCACAUGAUCUACUCCUUCAGUGAGGCAGCCAGUGACUGGAGAGCUUUGACAGCAAUGCCUGAGGAUGUCAACACUAAAGGAUGUGGAAUCUGCACUUUGUUUAAUUACCUGUUUGUGGCAGGGGGGAUAAAAGGCUAUGGGGACAAAGGGAAGGUAUCAGACAAAGUUUUCUGUUAUAAUCCCAAAACCAACCGCUGGACUGAGAUCCGACCUAUGACCCAAGCUCGUGCCCAGCUAAAGCUGGUGUCCAUGGAUGGCUACCUAUACGCUAUCGGAGGGGAAUGUUUGUUUACCGUGGAAAAAUAUGACCCUCGAAUGGACCGAUGGACAACGGUAGCCCCUUUGCCGAAAGGAGCUUUUGCGGUGGCUCACGAGGCCACAACCUGCAGCGGAGAGCUUUACGUCUCUGGGGGCUCGCUCUUCUACCGCCUCCUCAAGUACGACCCGAAAAGGGACGAGUGGCAGGAGUGCCCGUUCAACAACAGCAGGAAGAAGUCGACGGAUAUGGUGGCGCUGAAGAGCUUCAUCUACCGCUUCGACGUCACCCGCGAACAAGGCAUCAACGUGUUCAAGUACAACACCAUAGUGAAAAUGUGGCACGAUUGCGCAUCACAGAGACUCGGCAGCUCGUUUCCAUUUAGGUGUGCUGUCGUGGGCAAUUGCAUCUACUGUGUGAACAAAAGUCAGACUCUCCAGUUUGUGGUAGAGGAAGAGAACGCCUACUUUGUGGAGGAGCCCCUGAAGGCACCUCUCGAAGCCAAAGGCCUUCUUUUUCCUUUUGUGCUCACUUUGCCUGAAAAGGCUGAGAAAGUUAUGCCCGAGUGUGAUUCAGAGUAACAAUACUCCAAAGCAGGCUAAAAUGGAACCUCCAAAGUCUAACACAUCCUGUUCUGUGAUGUUGGUUGACUUCCAAGUUGUUCUAACUGCAAAAGAUGAUAGAUUACCCUAAGGGCAUUCAAUUGAUCGCAACUGGACUGUUCAGUUGGUCCUAGCAGACGUUUCGCCUUUGAACAGAGUUUGCUUCAUCAGUUCACUUAUCCACUUAGAUGAUAAACUUUGGUCAAACUAGAUCAAAGUCUGAGAAUACAUUGACCCAGAUGAAUGAUAACAUCCAUCACCAUAAUGGAUUACCAUAAUUACCGGAAUAUAACAUUCAAAGUCGUACUUUAUUCAGGUAAUACAGAUUUAUACAUGCAAACCAGUUGAGGGCAGCAAACGUCUGCAUGUGAGUCAGAGCUUUUCUUCCUGUCACUCACACAUGUAGAGAUACGCCUGCGAGGGCUGGACCAUUAUUUAAACUUUGAUUUUGAUUUUGGCCUCUCAUGAUUAUGAAACUAUAAUAAUCAACAAAACAAUUGUAGGGACGUGCAACGUGCAUGCAAAUUCCAGAGCUUGUGACGGUGGAAUGGAUGAGGAGGGAGUGAGUGGAAAAAAAGAACAUGUCUAUGAAAAGUUUGGGAUUGCUCCAUGGUUGCUGCUUUUUGUUUGACACAGAGCUAGUAUGCCUAGGGCAUAGGAUUUUCACGUUGAAUUAACCGCAAAUAUAGUCACAUAAUCAGCAAAUGACACGCAAUCCGCUGUUAAACGCAGAAAAUCAGGGAAAUUGACAUACGUACAUGUAAGUGAAAUGCUGUCAUUGUGAAGAAAAGGAACAUUUGUUUGGGAACAAAUUAUAUCCAGGACGGCUCAUUCAUCCUGAACUAAUGUCGAGACGGCCACUUGAAACAGAGACUAAAUCAUGAAGCUAAAGCUAGCGAGAACAAUCCAUACACACAACAUAUAUUAGCAGUUGCAAUUUAAGAAACAGUCUCUCUCUCUCUUUUUUUUUAACAGCCUCAAGUCGCCUCCGCACCUCAAGCAGAGAACAGCACAGCAACAAUCAAUAUUAGCGGUGCGCCACAUCCCGUCUGACUGUGUUAACAAAUUAAAGGUUUCAAAAAAGUACUUCGCACAAGCUUAAUGUACUUAAAAGUGCUUAUUGCUUUUUUUACAUUUUAUUUUACUCAUUGAGCACGCACUCUAUGGCAGUAAAAUACGUGUAAAUGGUAAAAAAAAAAAGAAAAAGAAAAAAACAAUUGAAAAGGAAAAACUGAAUUUUAUUGUUUUAAAUUACUUUUGUGAUUUAAAUUUGUUAUUGCUAUUAUUAUUUUUUUUACUAUUAUUAUCUAUUAUUAUUUGUUACUAAUUUAUAUUGAUGUGUCUUUUAAACUUUAUUUACAGUUGAAUUUUGGUGGUACAAUAGUCGUGUUUUCAAAUUAAUGAAUAAUCGUGACAUUAAUCGUGAUGAUAAUAUUAGUCAAAAUAUUUGUGAUGUAUUUUAAUUUGCCGUAGGCCUAUUUGUCCAGCCCUAGCACCCGAGACAACCACUGCCAAACACACAACAGAAAAGGGAUUAUGAUGCUGAUUAUAAUAUAUUGGUGAUCAGUGAAGCACAGCCCUCAAACAACUGUUGAGCAGCUAAGAAAAAUAAUAUCAUUUUUAAUUGUAAUUUACCAAUUGUGAUUUCACUGGUAUUGGGGAAAAAAAAGAUUGAUUAAAAAAAAAAACGUCGGAAGACUUAUAUCCAGGGUCAAUAAUAUGCUCCAGGCUUGUACUGCAGCAAUCAUAAAACUACGGGUGUCCUGAUCCGAUAUUGAAAACAAAUAUUGGUCUGAUGGCAGCAAAAAAACAUCACUAAGUGUGUAGAGUAUCGGACCACUUGUGCAAAGCUGGACAGCCAGUUAACAUCUAAUUGUCCUCCAAUAAGCACACAAGGUUGGUGUUUUCUUGUAUUUUAGUCAAGUCGUUUACGAAAGAUAAACACGAUAGGCUAUGAGCUAGCAGCUACACAACAGCUAAGCACACAACAACGCACAACCUAUACAUACUAAAUAAGUGCCCUUAAUGAACAAUGUUGCAUUCCAAAACGCCACAUUUGCCAAUAUAAACAACUGUUAAAUAAUUAGUUGUAUGUUACUUACACAUACAAAGUCUCCAAGGCCGCACCAUUUACCUUACUGCGUCACAAGCUUAACUUAGUAAAUUAUUACAACUGCUAGGUGUCACAAAAACAAUUACCACUCCACUUCAACUAAAGACAGCAUAAGUCCAUUCCAGACAGUAAACUGUGUUUUUCUUUCUUCCCAUUGUUCUUUGUUUGACUGAUUUCACUUGAUCAGACUUGUUUGUAUUCCACACUACAAAAUAGUACUGUCCUAUGAUUCAUGCUGGUCAAGUUGGAUCUACAUCGAUAACGGCCAAUACUCAAGGGUUCGAUAUCUUUAUCGUAUCGGAAGUGGAAAAAGUUAACAUCACUUCAUUGAAUGUAAAAAUAUUGUCGUAUUAUAUACAUAUAUAGAAAAUUACCAUAGCACAAUAGUUUCCAAUACAACAUUUUCAGAGUAAUACUGACACUUAGUGGCGUUUGAUAGGUAUUGCUGUUAUUAGUGUACUAUACUGUAUCUGUUUGCUAAAAUUAAUUAGUGUAUGUGACUGGUAUUUAAUCAAUUGUACUGCUCAUUUUGUAUGGAUGCUCCAUGGUUAUCAACACACUGCUCUUCUUGUACAGCUAUUACAAAAAACACUAAUCAUAUAGUCUAAUUAGUUUGAGUCCCAACUUUUGUUUGACUUUUAAGGUGUUUUUUUUCCUAGAAAAUUUUGACUUUGGAGGUUCCACUGUCCUUUAUUGACUCUCCCCAAUGUGUAUUUGUGUGUCAUUGCCUGUUUGCAACAGAAUGUGUGUAUUUGCAUGGCAAUUUUGAUGUGUCUUCAUAAGCAAGCCUUAAAAAGGGAAACUGGAGAGUGCAAGGAAUGCUACAAUAAUAUUUUGACGUGAUGAACGGUGCAAUUAGACCAGUGUUUCAUGCUCGUGUUGUUGAGAUGGGAUGUUAUUUUUUACACAGUGAGUCGAUUGUGGUGACAAUUAGUUGCAAAAUGAGUCCAUGGUGAUGCGAUGUGGCUUCCACGCAAAGGAAACAGCUGUAAGGCUUCACUAUUGAUGAGUGGAAUGUCAUUGGAUGGAAACACAGAAGUAAUUGACACACUACAAAAAGCACAUUCCAUUCCAAAUUAUGAGCAGACUUUUUAUGUCCAUUCAAAUUCAGUGUUUUAAAGUUUUUGUUGACAGAAUGAAUGAAGGGAAGAGAUGUUUUGUAAUGAAUAUUUUGCAUACUUCAUCUCUGUGUAUGUUCCAGCACAUUUGCCAAAGAUGAUUAAUAAUCUGUUCAAUCAGGUGAACAUAAAGUGUAAUAGUUGCCCUUUUCGUGUCUAUGUCAAGCACCAUGUUCGCUGCUAACAACCUCCUUCAGCCAUGUUGAACAAGAACAGAGCUGUGAUACCUCGCUGACAGCUACUGGGGUCAAAGGUCAAAUCCGAUGCCAUGUUGCUGUCACCACCUAGAAGAAUCUGGUUCCAUGACAUGUGUACCAAUAUUCCACAUCCAUAGUAUGCAUUAUAUUAUUUUACAGUACAGUAUUUGCUUGCUGCUGCAGUCGCACACCAUGGUAGUUUUGUAUGAAAGAAAAGUCUGCUAAGCCGUGAGCGUAUCUUGGGAAAUAAUACUGGAUGUGGGUUUUAUACUUUCAGUUCUAUGAUAUACAUUUUUUCCAGUAUGAAUUUGCUGGAUGUGGAGCUGCUGCUGUUGUGACAGUUGAGUGCUGCAACAAGCUUCCGGUGUAAUGACUGUUGGAAUGGUCUAACUAAACAGCUGUUGGAUAAUGUUUGUCGGUCAAAUCAAAGUGCUUGGAAUAAACUAUUUGCUGUAUAGAAAA